AUGUCAUUUAUCUUUACUACAAAUUCCCCUAGCACGCCUAGAAAAGAAAAGGUGGCAGACUGGGCAGGUUCUAAAAGAGCAACGAUAACACAAAAUAACCCCAAGCAGCAAGAUGAGUGGAAAGAUGUGUAUAGCAAUAUCAAACAAAUGGAUCAAUUUUAUGAUGCAACUUUUUAUGCAUGGCUGAAAUCAGAAGAGAACGUACUAGUCACAUCAAUUUAUCUGCAUAGAAUUGCCAAUGAAUAUCCACUAGAGAGAAUUGUCAAUGCCUUGGAAUGGCUUACAACAGAUUGGCGAUGGGAAAGUACAAGUAUUCUGGUUCGACAUGUGACUGUAGAUUGGUGUGAUGAUAAAGGUGAUAUGAAACGAGCCAAUUUAUUAAGACACCUAACCAGUCAAUGGGCCACUCACUAUACGGCCACACUCAUCUCCACUGUACUCAUGUCCUGCCCUUAUUCGAAUUGUGUCAUCUUGAAGCGUGAACGUUUUUUAAGGGAAUUCACUAAAAACUGGGAUUUUUCUAAACUAUCCGAGUUCUUUAUGUUCCUGAGAAGUAGAGCUAAUAUCGAUUACAAAUUCAAGUGUAUCAUGCUUCAAGAGGCUGCAAGAAGAGAUGUAUCUAUCAUGAAAGAAACAAUACAUCAUCCUACUAAUCAUCAUAGAAGAACAUCCAGCAAUGACUUUCAACGUCUUAAAGAGGAUGAUCAUCUCUCCUCUUCUUCUUCCACGACAACCUCCAGAUAUCACCAUCCCCACCACCAUCAUCAUCAUCAUACUUCUGCUUCUACCCUCACAAUGACGACCACUACUUCUACUACUACUACAUCAACAAGUUCCGAUAAUUUAAUUCCUUCUCCUUCAUCUUCUUCAUCAAACAAUGAUAAGAAAAGAAUCACUGUGAUAUAA